UAAUUGGUGAAGGACGAUGGCGUCUUUUAAAGAUCUGCUCAUGGAAUCACUGAAGGAACUGGUAGAAGAUGAACUGGAGGAGUUUCAGUGGCACUUAGAGAAAGAUCAUGAGGGUAUAUCAAAGUCUGAAAUUAAGAAUGCAAAUAGGUUAAAAACAGUGGAUAAGAUAGUGGCGUGUUUUGGACCAGAAGAAGCUGUGAAGAUCAUGGUUGACACCCUGAGGAAGAUGAAUCAGAAUGAACUGGCUGAACAGUUAGAGAACAAACACAAGAAAGCAAGUGUUUCUCUCACGGCUCAGGCUGAUGGCAAUACGAACACAUCUGUCCGUUUUGGAGCUAACUCAGAGCUGCAAAACUUCUUGAGAACUCACAAAAACAAGAAGAAGAAGAAAGCAAAAUAUAUUUUUGAGGGCAACCAAGAAAAUAACACGGAUCUCAAGGCUGUUUACACAAAAGUGUUUAUCACAGAGGGAGAUAUGAAAGAUGUCAAUCAGGAACAUGAGAUUCAUAAGAUUGAUGAUGCUUUCAAGAAGAGAAAAACACAGGAUAAACCAAUUCAAUGCAAUGAUAUAUUUAUUGAACUAAGGAAAAUCGAUGAGGAGAAGAUUGUGCUGACCAAGGGAGUCGCUGGCAUCGGAAAAACUGUCUCUGUGCAAAAAUUCAUCCUGGACUGGGCAGAAGGAAACACCAAUCAGGAUAUAGACUGUAUGUUCCUGCUUCCAUUCAGAGAUAUCAACAAGAUUAAAGACAGAGAGGUCAAUCUCCAUGAGUUUCUGCUGAAAUUUUAUCCUGGAUUAAAGGACCUGGAGAAAUCAAAGCUAUAUGAGGAAUGUAAGCUUGUAUUUAUAUUUGAUGGACUUGAUGAGAGUCAAUUGCCAUUGGACUUUAAAAGCGAAACACUGGACACUGUUGAGGAAAGAGCAUCUGUAGAUGUGCUGUUUACAAGUCUGGUCAAAGGGACUCUGCUUCCAUCAGCUCUUGUGUGGGUGACAUCACGACCAGCAGCGGCCAAUCAGAUCCCUCCUCGGUAUGUGGGUUUGUUCACAGAGGUGCGAGGAUUCACAGACCAACAGAAGGAGGAGUACUUCAGAAAGAGAAUAACAGAUGAGAGUCUGGUCUCCAGAAUCAUCUCACACAUUAAGACGUCUCGUAGUCUCUAUAUCAUGUGCCACAUUCCUGUGUUCUGCUGGAUCACAGCCACAGUACUUCAAGAUAUUCUCAUCAACAACGAUGCAGAGAACAUCAGCACAACACUCACUGAAAUGUACAUUCACUUCCUGCUGAUACAGAUGAACAUGAAGAACAGGAAGUACGAUGAAAAAGAACAAAGACAACGCACAAAGCUCUUACAUUCAAAUAGAAAAAUGAUUCUUAAAUUAGCUAAGCUAGCAUUUAAACAGCUACAGAAGGAAAACAUUGUGUUCUAUGAGAAAGAUCUGGAAGAAUGUGGUAUUGAUGUGAGUAAAGACACUGAGUUCACAGGAAUGAUUGCUGAGAUCUUUAAGAAGGAAAAUGGACUUUAUGAGACAAAUGUCUUCUGCUUUGUGCAUCUGAGUGUUCAAGAGUUCCUCGCUGCAGUGCAUGUGUUCAUCUGCUACCUGAACAAGAACAUGCAGGAGCUUCAGUUUUUCUUUGAAGAUUCACAAACUACACUCAAACAAAAGCUUCAAUUCUUCUUUAGACAUGUCACAUUUCAUGACUUAACAAAGAGGGCCACUGAAAAAGCAAUGCAGAGUAAGAGAGGACAUCUGGACCUGUUCCUGCGGUUUCUGAUGGGAAUUUCACUGAAAUCCAGUCAAAAUCUGCUCAAAGGCCUGAUCACACACUCUAAAGACACUAAUGUGAGCAUCAGAAAAAUAAGUGCACACAUUAAAGAAUUACAAAAAGACAUCAACUACAUCUCAGAUGAAACUUCAGUAAACCUAUUUUACUGCUUACUUGAGCUCAAAGAUAAUUCACUCUAUGAGGAAAUAAAGAGCUACUUCAGUUCAGAGGAACAUCCAGGAAGAAACCUCUCAUCUUCAAUGUGCACAGUAAUGAUCUACAUACUGCUGAUGUCAGAGAUGGUGCUGGACGAGUUCAACCCAAAGAGGUUUGUAUAUUCAAACUUCAGGAGACUCCUCCCAGCUGUGAAGUGCUGCAGAAAAGCACUAUUUGAUGGCUGUGAUCUCAAUGAAACAUGCUGUGAAACUGUGUGUUCAGCUCUACAACUGUUAAACUCCCAUCUGACAGAGCUGGACCUAAGUAGCAAUGACCUGCAGGAUUCAGGAGUGAAGCUGAUUUAUGAUGGAGUGAAGAGUCCAUACUGUAGACUAAACAUACUGAGGCUGUGUGGGUGUAGUCUCACUGGUCAUUCCUGUGAAAGCCUAUCUUCAGCUCUACAAUCCCCAAACUGUGUCCUGAGAGAGCUGGACCUGAGUAACAAUGACCUACAGGAUUCUGGAGUGAAGCUUCUUUCUGAAGGACUGAAGAGUCCAAACUGUCAGCUGAAGACACUGAGAUUUUCCAUAUGUAAUCUCACUGCUCAGUCUUGUGAGAAUUUGUCUUCAGCUCUACAAUCCUCAAAGUCUGUUCUGAGAGAGCUGGAUCUGAGUAACAGUGACCUGCAGGAUUCUGGAGUGAAGCUUCUUUCUGAAGGACUAAAGAGUCUAAACUGUCACCUUGGUAUAUUGAGGUUGUCUGGCUGUAUGGUGACAGAGGAAGGCUGUGGUUAUGUGUCUUCAGCUCUGAGUUCAAACCCAUCACAUCUGAGAGAGCUUGAUCUGAGCUACAAUCACCCAGGAGAUUCAGGAGUCAGGCUACUCUCUGAAAAACUGGAGGAUCCAAAAUGCUCAUUGGAAAAACUCAAUGUGGAUCAUGGAGGAGAAUCCAGGAUUACAGCCGGACUCAAGAAAUAUGCCUGUUCUCUCACACUGGAUCCAAACACUGCAUACCCUCGUCUCGGUCUGUCUGAGGAGGACAGAAAGGCGGAAUGGGAGGAAGAGAAACACCCGUAUCCUGAUCAUCCGGACAGAUUUGAUCAUGUGUGUCAGGUGUUGUGUAGAGAGAGUGUGUGUGGACGCUGUUACUGGGAGAUUGAGUGGAGUGGAGGUAGAGAUUUGCAUAUAUCAGUGUCAUAUAAGAGCAUCGACAGGAAGGGAGGUGGUGAGUGUUGGUUUGGAGAAAAUGAUCAGUCCUGGAGUUUGUGCUGCAUUCCGACGUAUUAUUCAUUCACCCACAAUAAAAUGUUAACUAAUUUCCUUGUAAACCCCUACAAAACCACUGGUAGAACAGGAGUGUAUGUGGAUCACAGCGCAGGAACUCUGUCCUUCUACGACGUCUCUAACUCAAUGAGACACAUCUACACAGAACAGACCACAUUCACUCAGACGCUCUAUCCUGGGUUUAGAGUUGAAGGUGGAUCAGUGAAACUGUAUUGAUCAAUCAGAAGAGACUGAGCAGAGAUUCUACCCAUAAUGCUUUGAGCUGCAUGAUGAAUCAGUAACAGUGAGAUGUUAUAAAGUGUCUUCAUCUGAACUGAACUGCAGCUGAACUUCUGUCACUGAAAUAACAGAAUAAAUGUGUUUCAGAUAUCCUCAUUCACACAGUAAUAUCAGUGUGUGUGUGUGUGUGUGUGAGUCACAACAAAACAACCUACAUUUGUGUUUUUAUUAUAGUGUUACAUUAUUUGUACUAUUAUCAAAAUAAGCUUUCAAUUUAAAUGUAUCUUUCAUAAACAUGUAAUUCUCUGUUGUUUUUGUGCAUUAAUAAUAAACCACAAUGACAAUCAGCUUGA